AGAAGAACAAUGUGUUACUUUUAUCAAACACGUUGGGUCUGCGGAUAUUGGAGAUGGGGUCAGUUCAAACAGCAAUGCAACAAAGAAUACCGGACGGGCGAAACAUGCGGACUGAAGCUGGUGUUCGAAACCAUCACAAACGAAGACCGAUGCAAGCUGUGCUACGAUAUGGACAAGAAGUAUCGUCGGUUAACCAAGAUGCAAGGAGACGUCGCUCGGUGGCGCCAAGAAGGGAACCGCAAAGCGACUAUCGAGCGGACGAACCUCGAGAUACAGCAAGUCCAAGGCCAGAUUCAAGACAUGAACAAUCAGCAUUGGACCCGGGUGAACCUAUUGAACUGA